AUGGCUCUACCCACCCCCAUGCUAUCGCUGCUCGCGCUCGCCACGCUUCUUUCCGUGCCCGCGCCAGGUGCCGCGCAGCAGCAGACCACCAACGUCACCACGGGGACCUCCCUGCAGGCGGCCGCGGGCGCCGGCUGGCCGUCCCCGUCGGGCCGCUUCGCUUUCGGCUUCUACGCCACGGACGGAGGCCUCGCCGUGGGCGUCUGGCUCGCCACCACCCCCAACAUCACCGUCACGUGGACGGCCAACCGCAACGACACGCCGUCCACGGGCGGCGCGCUCUGGCUCACCUACGACGGCCGCCUCGUCUGGACGGGCCCCGCCGACGGCCAGGACCGGAACCUCGCGGUGCCGUCCCGGCCGGCCGCCGCCGCCGCCAUGCGCGACGACGGUAGCUUCAUGCUCUACGACGCCAACGGGACCAUGGUCUGGUCCACCUUCGCCGCGCCCACCGAUACCCUGCUCCCGGGCCAGGACCUCGUCCCAGGCGCGCAGCUCUUCUCCAGCGUCUCGCUCACCAACAGAGCCACGGGGAGGUACCGCCUCACCAACCAGCUCAACGACGGUAACCUCGUCCUGUACCCGGUCCAGACGGAGAACACCGCGAACUCCGCGUACUGGGCCACUGGCACGUUCCAGAUCGGCUUCCCGCUCACGCUGCGCCUCGACGCCACCGGCGUGCUCUACGUCACCGGCAACAACGGCAACUACACCAAGAACCUGAUGCGGCCUGGCACCGCGCGGUCUCCAGGCGAGACGGACGUCUUCUACCGCGUCACGCUCGACCCCGACGGGGUCCUCCGCCUGUACCGCCACGCCGUCGCGUCGGGGGGCGCGUGGACGACCAGCGUCCAGUGGAUCGGGCCGGACGACCGGUGCCACGUUAAGGGCGCGUGCGGGCUCAACAGCUACUGCGUCCUCGGCCGCGACGCGCAGCCCGACUGCCGGUGUCCGCCGGGGUUCAGCUUCAUCGACACCGCCAACGCACCACUCGGGUGCACCGAGACCACGGGCGCCGGUGACUGCGCCACGGCUGGUUCUGGUGCUACUGCUAGCAUGGUCGCGAUGCAGAACAUGUCGUGGGCGGACACGCCGUACGCCGUGCUGGGCGCGGGCACGAGCGCCGCCGACUGCCAGGCCGCGUGCAUGGCCGACUGCCUCUGCGCCGCCGUGCUGCUCAACAGCAACGACGGCACCUGCACCAAGCAGCAGCUCCCGCUCCGCCGCCCUCGUGGCGGCGGCGCGGCUGGUCCUGGCGAACCGGAGGACGACCGCGGAGCCGGACGCAGGGGAGGCCUUGGACGAGGAGGCGCCCUGAGGUCGUACAGCUACCAGGAGCUGGAGGACGCGACGUGGAGCUUCCGCGAGCCGCUGGGCCGCGGCGCGUUCGGCACGGUGUUCCGGGGCACGCUGCCGCACAACGGCGAGAAGGCGAUCGCCGUGAAGCGGCUGGAGAAGAUGGUGGAGGAGGGGGAGGUGGAGUUCCAGCGGGAGGUGCGCGCCAUCGGGCGGACGAGCCACCGGAACCUGGUCCGGCUGCUGGGGUUCUGCCACGAGGGCGCCAACCGGCUGCUGGUGUACGAGUACAUGAGCAAUGGGUCGCUGGCGGAGCGUCUGUUCAAGAACAGCGGCGGACCGCCGGUGUGGAGCGAACGGAUGGGCAUCGCGCUGGACGUCGCGCGCGGGCUGCACUACCUCCACGACGAGCUGGACAGCCGCGUGAUUCACUGCGACGUGAAGCCGCAGAACAUCCUUAUGGACGCGUCGGGCACGGCGAAGAUCGCCGACUUCGGGCUGGCGAAGCUGCUGCUGCCGGACCAGACGCGGACGUUCACGGGGGUGCGCGGCACGCGCGGGUACCUGGCCCCGGAGUGGUACCGCGGCGUUGGGCCACUGACGGUGAAGGCGGACGUUUACAGCUACGGCGUGGUGCUGCUGGAGAUCGUGACGUGCCGGCGGAGCAUGGAGCUGGAGGAGGCCGGCGAGGAGCGGACGCUCAUGGAGUGCGCGCACGAGUGGCUUGUGCGCGGCGAGGUGUGGCGGGUGGUGGGCGGCGACGAGGCCGUGGACGCCGCGGAGGUGGAGCGGGCGGUCAAGGUGGCGCUGUGGUGCGCGCAGGCGGAGCCGCAGGCGAGGCCCGCCAUGAGGAGCGUCAUCCUGAUGCUGGAAGGGCUCGUUGAGGUGCCGUUCCCGCCGCCGCCGGCCUCCUCCUGA